AUGGCGCUCUUCAGAAAGUUCUUUUAUCGGAAGCCGCCUGAUGGCCUCUUAGAGAUCUCCGAACGGGUUUAUGUUUUUGAUUGCUGUUUUAGCACGGAUGUUUGGGAAGACAACGAGUAUAAAGUCUACAUAGGAGGCAUAGUCGGUCAACUUCGUGAACAGUUCCUUGAUGCUUCAUUCUUAGUCUUUAACUUUCGAGAAGGAGAAAAACAAAGCCUGAUUGCUAACAUACUGUCUGAGUAUGACAUGACGGUAAUGGACUACCCACGACAAUAUGAAGGUUGCCCACUUCUCACAAUGGAGACAAUCCAUCACUUCUUGAGAUCAAGUGAAAGCUGGUUAUCACUCAGUCACAAAAAUGUUCUCUUGUUGCAUUGUGAACGAGGUGGAUGGUUGGUAUUGGCCUUCAUGCUGGCUGCACUCUUGAUUUACCGGAAGCAGUACACUGGGGAGCACAAGACGUUAGACAUGAUCUAUAAGCAAGCACCUCGAGAACUUCUGCAGUUAAUGUCACCGCUAAAUCCAAUGCCCUCACAGCUGAGGUAUCUUCAGUAUAUAACAAGAAGGAAUGUGGGAGCACGAUGGCCUCCACUGGAUGGGGCACUUACAUUGGACUGCAUAAUCAUUAGAUUAAUUCCUAAUUUGGAUGGAGAGGGCGGUUGCCGUCCAUUAUUUAGGAUAUAUGGACAGGAUCCUUUCAUGGCUGUUGAUCGGACUCCUAAAGUUUUGUUUUCUACCCCAAAAAGGAGCAAGCUCGUACGAUAUUACAAGCAGGCAGAUUGUGAACUAGUUAAAAUUGAUAUCCAUUGCCAUAUCCAAGGAGAUGUGGUUCUAGAGUGUAUUAGUUUGGAUCAUGAUCUGGAACGUGAAGAGAUGAUGUUUCGUAUCAUGUUCAAUACAGCCUUUAUACGGUCCAAUAUUCUGAUGCUUAAUCGUGAUGAAAUAGACAUACUAUGGAAUAUCAAAGAUCAAUUUCCCAAGGAUUUCAGAGCAGAGAUUCUUUUCUCUGAGAUGGAUGCCGGUACUUCUCUUAUAUCAAUUGAUUCGCCUGGUCUUGAGGAGAAAGAUGGCCUGCCAGUGGAAGCAUUUGCAAAAGUCCAAGAGAGUUUUAGCAGUGUGGAUUGGCUAGAUCCAAAAACAGAUGCAGCACUUAAUAUUCUCCAGCGGAUUGCGUCAUCAAAUGCUAUUCAGAAACUGGAUAAUGCUUCAGCCAAUUCCACAGAACCAACUGCCGAAGAACUUAAUUUGGAAAAUAGUAUCAAGAGUCCCACUUUCAUGGCUCAGGGGAACCAUGGAAGUGGUUUUGCUCAUGCUACAGAAACAGGCAAGUUAGUGCUAGAGUCAAAACUUAAAUCAGGAAGUGAUGUCAAGAGUUCCUCAUCUGCAGCUCAGGGGAGAAAUGACAGUGCUUCUGCUGAUGCUUCAGAAACAGGCAGGUCUUUGGCAGAGUCAAUUCCUGCAAAACUUAAAGCAGAACCAAAGGAGCCAGGAAAUAAUAUCAAGACUCCCACUCAUGUGGCUCUGCGGGAGCAAUCUAUGUUGAACUUUGAACUGUCUGUGGAUGCCAAUUUAAGUAGAAAAAAGAUUGAACCCCAAGAACUGCAAGUAUCUAUCCUACGACCUGUUCAAUCUAAAUUCAUAACUCAGCGAGUACAUAAAGCUUCACCAUCUGCACCAGCUUCAUACUGUAGUUCCUUGCAAGGAUCACCAGUGUCUAUGUCAAGAUAUCAAAGCACAUCCUCAGCCCUUGGCAUUACAGCUCUUCUGCAUGAUCACGUUGCAUCCAGUAGUGAACAAAUCACACAUCCUGUGACUGUAUCUCCAACUUCCCGCUCUACUUCAGCUGCUGAUUUAACUGCACCUAAAUCUGUGCAGCCUGGUCAGCUGUGUAUUGAUUCUAUUCCUCCACCCCGACUACCAUCAUCACCAUCACAAUCACCAACGCCAUCAUCAUUGCAAUCUUCAGGGAAUACAACUGUAGCAAAGGCGCCUGUUGUUAAUCCACCGUCUCCCCUGCCAGCAGCGGUUCCCCAACAAACUUCAGAUACACUCCAAGACUCUGAAAUUACAUUACAGGGUAGAGGUCAGUCAGCAUUAGUUCCCUCUUCCCCUCCUCCACCUCCUUCUCUUUUAGGGGCAUCUCCAUCAUCCUUUGUCAAGAGCUCAGUGUCAACUCCCCCACCUCCACCUCCACCUCCACCUCCACCUCCACCCCUUUUUGUUUCAGGGGCAUCUCCACGUCUCUCUGUCAAGAAUUUAAUUUCAUCUCCUCCUCCUCCUCCCCCUGCUCCUCCUCUCCCAACCUCACUCAAGAACUCAGUUUCUGUUCCGCUUCCUCCCCCUUCCAUUCGAGGAACAUCCACCGCGAAGAACUCAGUUUCAGUUCCCAAUGCGCCUCCACCUCCUCCCUCUGUCAAAAACUCAGUUUCAGCUCCCCCUCCCCCUCCGCCACCUCCUUUUUCAGGACGAUCUUCAUCAUCCACUGGCAAAACAUCCUCUGCAGCUCCCCCUCCCCCUCCAUCCCCUAGUUCUGCUUCUUCAGCUACAUGUCCCACUUCUUCUGCGCUGCAUAUGGAGCCAUCAGCAGCAGUCAUGUCUGGUCCCCCUCCACCGCCUCCACCUCCUCUACGUUCAGGGCCUGCCUCAACUUCUGCAGUAACAUUUUCAGCGCCGCCACCACCCCCUCCUCCAGCUUUUGCAUCUCCUUCGAGGGCUAGUAAUCUUACUGUACCUUCAAUUCCCGGACCACCUUCUGGAGUUCCUUUUAGUGCAAAAGGAAGGGGUUUAUUGCGUACAAAUUCAAGAAGUCAGACUCAACCUAAAAAGGCCAAUCUGAAGCCAUAUCAUUGGUUAAAAUUGACAAGAGCGAUGCAAGGGAGCUUAUGGGCAGAAGCUCAGAAAACUGAUGAAGCAACCAAGGCUCCAGAGUUUGACAUGUCAGAACUUGAGAGUCUUUUUUCUGCAGCUACUUCAACAACUUCAGAUGGAAAUUCAGGUGGGAAAUCAGGACGUCGAACCACGGGACCUAAAUCUGAGAAAGUUCAGCUGAUUGAGCUAAGGCGGGCUUAUAACUGUGAAAUAAUGCUUACUAAAGUUAAAAUCCCCUUGCCUGAUUUGAUGAGUUCAGUGCUUGCCUUGGAUGAAUCGGCAUUAGAUGUUGAUCAGGUUGAGAACCUCAUAAAGUUUUGUCCAACAAAAGAAGAGAUGGAGUUACUUAAGGCUUAUAACAGAGAUAACGAAAACUUGGGAAAAUGUGAACAGUUCUUCCUAGAAUUAAUGAAAGUGCCACGGGUAGAACCCAAGCUCAGAGUUUUCUCAUUCAAGAUACAAUUCUAUUCCCAGGUUUCUGACCUUAGAAAGAAUCUGAACACUGUCAAUUCAGUAGCAGAUGAGAUCAGAAAUUCAGAAAAGCUGAAAAGGACCAUGCAAACCAUUCUUUCUCUGGGUAAUGCCUUGAAUCAUGGAACUGCAAGAGGUUCUGCUAUUGGAUUUCGAUUGGAUAGCCUCCUAAAGCUCACUGAUACACGAGCCCGGAAUAACAAGAUGACUCUUAUGCAUUACCUUUGUAAGGUGCUUGCGGAAAAGCUGCCGGAACUUCUUGAUUUUCCAAAAGACCUUGUAAGUUUGGAGGCUUCAACAAAGAUACAAUUGAAAUAUUUGGCAGAGGAAAUGCAAGCCAUUAGCAAAGGGCUAGAGAAGGUUGUACAAGAGUUGACUGCCUCAGAAAACGAUGGACCUGUGUCAGAAACUUUUUGCAAGACGCUAAAGGAGUUCCUUGGUCAUGCUGAAGCUGAAGUGAGGUCCUUGGCUUUACUUUAUUCUAAUGUGGGAAGAAAUGCAGAUGCAUUGGCUCUUUAUUUUGGGGAGGAUCCUGCUCGCUGCCCAUUUGAGCAAGUUGUUUCUACUCUGCUCAACUUUGUGAGGAUGUUCGUCCGAGCUCAUGGGGAGAACUGUAAGCAGCUUGAAUUUGAGAGAAAGAAAGCCCUGAAGGAGGCAGAAAAUGAGAAGAUGAAAGCGGGAACUCUUUCAAGAAAGGAGUCGGGGCGCCUGAUACAGACUCCCAUCAAGAGUGCCAAUAUUAAAUCAUAAUGCAUUUCAUUAUGUUCAUCUGAGCAACAAAGCUCUUCUCCCUCUGGAUAUAUUUCUCCAUCGAUGAAUGAAUCAUCCGACCAUCAGUGUUCAUGACGUGAAGAAUGUUCAAAAGUAAUGUUGGUGGUGCGCAGAAAGGGGAGUUGUUCACUCAGAAUCUGAUUCUAGAGUUCAUGACUUCGUGGAAGAGUCUUGUUGAUUCUAAUCAUGAAGUCGAUUCAAAAUUUUCCAUUGACUUUAUCAGAAGAGCCGCCUAUCGUAAGAUACAUCUGAGGAGUCAUGUUGUAUAAAAAUGCCCCAAUAGUUAGCUUAGUUUCCUUUUUAUAUUAUUAGUUAUAUAAUGAUUUUUCAUUUUCAGAUAUAGGAAUGUAAAUCUUGUUAUGAGAUGAUAGUAAAAGCGUAGAAGGAAAUAGGAUUAGCUGCA